UUCAUAUAUCAUGAGGCGCAUGCGGAGCCCGGCCGAGCUCAACAAAUAAUGAGAAUGACAUAGUAAAAACAGGACCAGUAAAUGUCGAUAAGGAUUUGAAUAGACAGCAAGGAUGUCUCCACGAAUCGAUGACGUUAUGAAGCUGUGUUGUGAGUUGUCCACCAAUCAGCAAGUUAAGACCACAGUAAAAGGUUCUGGGAAAGGAGCAGCAGCAGCUGGGGCGCUGGCCUUUGCUGGAGGAUUGGUUGGAGGUCCUCUUGGCAUAGCUGUAGGAGGGGCUGCUGGAGGCCUUCUGGGCUGCUGGCUGACCAGUGGUCAAUUCAAACCACUCCCACAGAUCAUAAUGGAGCUCAGCCCUCAGGAAAAGCAGAAGCUUUACGAUGAUCUCAUGGAAAUCCUGGGAGACAUUGAGUGGACUGAUUUGGCUCAGCUGAUUGCUCUAGUCAUGGGCAAUGCAACUCUGAAGCAGCAGCUUACGGCUGCUCUUCUUGGAUACAUCACCAAGGAGCUCCAGGCAGAGGUGCACUAUGUUGAUUAGUCGCUUUCAAUAUUGUGACACAGAAGCCUAAAUGCAGAGGAGGAUGUUCUCUGAUGAGUGUGAACUGCUUUUUGACACUUAAAGACUCUUAAUUAAAUUCUGUAUGAUAUAAAUGUGAAAUAUGUUGAUGAAAACAGCUGUAUGGUUGGGUAAUUUAUUUUGAUAAGUGCAAUUAUUACUUAUUUAUUGUACUAUUUAUUCUGUCUUUAACUGCACCGAUCAUCAAGUCUGGCUUUAAGUCAUAGUGAAUUUUAGGUUUGAUGGAGUUGUGAUUUUGUCCAGUCUACUGUCUUAUUUACAUAAGAAGGAUUGUGAACUAAGCCAAAAUUCUGCUGUGUAAUAUAAAGAUUUGAUUUAAUUACAUCAAUUACCAGCCUUUUUACAUUUUAGCAGAUUGGCCAGCAACUGUAUACAGCAUAGUGUACACUUUGAAUAAAAAAUAAAACCAGUGUGGACUUUGUGGCAUUUGGCAUAGCAGUCUUUAUUCCUUGGCAUUGAAUCCAUCUGGGCAUUAACACUGUAGAUCUGUCUUUUAUUAAACUUAGUACUAACACACUUAAGCUAGCAUGCUGGGGUUGGCAUAGGAUUCUAGUCAUCUGAAGGUCUGUGAUUUUAUCCUGGCUCGUCCAGUCUGUACGUUGAGGGGUCUUUGGGCAAGAUACUGAACCCUAAGCUGCUCUUAGUGCAUCCAUGAGCAUUUGUGUGAGUGUGUGUGCUUACUAUUCACGUGAAAGUGCUCAAAGGCAUAAGACACAUAGACUAUAGAAUGUGUGAAUAUGUGCAUAUAGCAUGUGGAGUAGUGGUUCAAAAAGAUGUCCAUUUAACUUCCAUUUUAUUGUAAUUCUGCUCUAUUUUAUAGACAUUUAUCUUCUCCAUUAACCUUUUAUCAGCCUGAAUGAAGAAUCGCCUUUAAGAAAGUGCCUCCAGACAUCCUUAAUAAGAGAGUUGGCUGUCACAC